UGGUUUCUACUUUUAUACAACCUCAACUCCCUUAUACUGUCCACUCUAACUUCUAAUUUGUUAAAUUCCAUCUGAUUUUUGCGUAUUUUUCUCUCACUGAUCAUACUAUUAUCAGUCUUCCAGAAAAUCCUCAGAUUCUUCCAAUAUUUGAAGCACUCUACACAUCAUGGCAUCUGACAUGGAUGGUGUCAAAUAUGAAGAGGAGUACAUCUUAAAUUCUAGAGGCAUGAAGCUUUUCACAUGCAGAUGGCUCCCGAAUAACACCAAACCCAAAGCAUUAAUCUUUAUCUGCCAUGGAUACGGCAUGGAAUGCAGCAUCACCAUGAACAGCACCGCAAUCAGGCUAGCCAAAGCACGCUUUGCCAUAUAUGGAAUAGACUAUGAAGGUCAUGGAAAAUCAGCAGGCCUACAAGGUUACGUGAAGAGUUUUGAUGAUGUGGUGGAUGACUGUACCAACCACUUCACAAACAUAUGUGAGAGCAAAGACAACAAGGGAAGGAUGAGGUAUCUAAUGGGGGAGUCAAUGGGAGGAGCUGUGGCUCUGCUGGUGCACAGGAAAAAGCCAGACUUUUGGGAUGGUGCGGUUUUGGUUGCGCCCAUGUGUAAGAUUGCAGAUGAGCUGAGGCCAUCCCCAUUAGUGAUCAGUGCUUUGACAAAGCUCUGCAAGUUCAUUCCGACCUGGAAAAUAAUCCCCACAAAUGAUAUUAUUGAUGUUGCUUUCAAAAUGCCUGAAAUAAGAAAACAGGUUAGAGAAAACCCCUACUGCUACAAAGGCCGGCCUCGUCUCCAAACCGGCUACGAACUUUUGAGGGUCAGUUCGGACCUUGAACAGAGGCUCGACGAGGUCACGUUGCCGUUCAUAGUUCUCCAUGGUGAAGACGAUAAGGUUACCGACAACUCCGUCAGCAAACAACUCCAUGAGGUAGCCGCCUCCCAUGACAAGACGUUGAAGAUGUACCCGGAUAUGUGGCAUGGACUGCUAUAUGGAGAAACACCUGAAAACAUUGAGGUUGUUUUUUCUGAUAUAAUUAGUUGGUUGGAUGAGAGAAGUUGCUUUGGAAAUGCAAGGCUGGAGGGAGAAUUAAAACGUGAAAACGACGAUUUACCCAAGUAAAAAGUAAAUCAAGAAGGCAGAUGCAAGGCAGGAGAUGGGUGGAUAUUAUUAGUUAAUUGUCUGUUUCAGUUGUAAAAAUUCUUUAUACAGAAGAACAAACGUUUAUACAAUAAAAGUAGCUUCAAGCCUUCAACUCCGUA